CAAUUUCUUACACUUGCUUCGCUUGAAUAAAACAAACGCACUCUUAGAUGUCUUGUUACCCCUACUGCCACUAUGCCACUAUUGGUACUUUUCCAGCAGCAUUUACUCGUAAGCUGCCGAGUCUCAGUUCGGAAUUUGAUUCGUCUCCCCUGUUAAAUCAGACGCUGUGGAUAGCAGAGAGAGAGAGAGGGCUAAAAGGGGGCUUUAAAUUAUUUAUUUACGAAUGCUGAGCCUACUCAUUGCAGCUGUUUCCUCUGGAGCCGAAAGUUCCCCUCGAAGGGAGAAGAGGAGGUCCUUGGGGAGGGACUACCAUCCUCUGUGUCUGAAGUGCCAGCAGUGCAAAAGACAGCUCACGGCAGGCCAGCAUGCUGAGUACGACGAGAAGCCAUUCUGCACGUAUUGCUACAUGAAGCUGUUUGGCCCGAGAGGUAAAAAGGGAGCGAUGCCUCUACAGAACAGCGCAUCGUCUUCAUCACCAAGAGCUGAAGCGGACAAAUAGAUGCUGACAUCUGAAAGGGAAUAGCUGAAAAUCAAAAAAAACAAAAAAAAACAAAACAGUAGUGGCUUUAAUGAAUAACAAUGACUCUCCAGUUGUUGUAUUUGUGAUAAUUUUUCAAAAUUAAAUAUUUAUGGUUAAGCAGGGGUUACUUGAGUUUUAUCAUUUGUAAUAUUGAUUGUAAUUUUUAUUUUUGCCUCAACUUUUCUGAACUUUGCAACAGUAAUUUUUGCUGUAUCUGUGUUUAUUAUUCUUUUUUAUUGGUAUUAUUAUUAUUAUUAUUAUUCGGUUAUGUAAUUACAAAACUGUAAUGCUGUGCAAACUUUAAUGUAUUUUAUUUGAAUUUGAUGUGAUGGACUAAAACAAAGUAGCGCAUAAUCCUAAAGUUGAAUAAAAAAAAUAAUGCAUUGUC